GGAGUUCUUUGUGCCUCAGGAUGAAAGGGAUGCGUUAGCCUAGCAGCUAGCAGCAAUGGAUGACCCCCUCGAAAGACAAGAAAGAGAGGAGGAGAAAAAGUUGGGGUGGAAGUUGAGAAUGAAGAGGGAGAAGAAAAGGAGGGAUGAAGUUAACAGAUGGACCACAGAGGUGGCGAAGAUGAAGGAUUGUAGGCAAGGAGUGGAGGCCAAGGCAGACGACAUGGCCAAAUGGGAUAAGGUGUUGGGGUACCUGGAGGUGCUGAGCGCAGCAUGGAUGGAGGAGAGCCAGGCCAAUAGGAGCCAAGAGGUAGCGCCGAGUGCCAUGCGGUCCGAAUUUAGAGAAUUCGCGCGAGAAAUGGUUACCCACGUUGGAGGGGAAGUCAGGCGGUUGAGAGAAAAGGUGGGGAAGUUCUGUGAAGAUGCCAUCGAGGGCGCCAAAGUAGCAGCCGCUGUUGAGGGCGAGGCCAGACCUCGCAAGGAGCCAGUGAAACUCAAGUUUCCCGAUGCCUAUGGUGGGAAAUCUGACGAGAACUUCGACAACUGGGAGGCUAGUGUAAACAACUACGUCUACUUACAGCACAUCGUAUAGGAUGAUCAAGUACUGGUAGCCUUCCAGGCCCUCAAGGACAAAGCGGCCAGUUUUGCUAGA